AUGCGGGGAGGGGGAGGAUGCGCCUGAAAGGAAAAGGCGGGAAAAGGGGAUUGAGGCGAGACUCUGAGGGGGGGAUAGGGACAGGUGAGCAGGGAGCUGGGUCUCUGAGCACCCUGCAGAUCCAUCUUCACCCCGAGGCAGGUGAGAAGACAGCAGGAUGAGGAGGGUGAGCUCGAGUCUGCAGGAGCUCUCAGAGAACAACGUGGUCCAGUUCCUGAGGCAACCUCAAACCAUUGCUAGGAUCCUAGCUGGGCUCUUCUCGCUGAUCAUAUUUGCCUCCCUGGUGACCGACGGCUACCAGAAUUUGACAGCUUCAUCCCAGCUGCGCUGCGUGUUGAAUGACAAUGGGGUGGCCUGCAGCUAUGCCAUCACAGCUGGGGUCCUGGCCUUCCUGCAGUCCUUCCUCUUCCUGGCCUUUGACGCUUACCACAACAUUAUCAUUAGCCACAAGGUCAAAUCUGUCAUCCUGAGUCUGGACCUGACUUUCUCCAUCAUCUGGUCGUGCAUAUGGUUCAUUGGCUUCUGUUUCCUGGCAAAUCAAUGGAACAGGUCUGCUCACCACUACCUCCUGGGAAGUAGCUCAGCCCGCGCCAGCAUUGCCUUUGCUUUCUUCUCCAUCCCCUGCUGGGUGUACCUGGGCUACCAAGCCCUGAGGGGCCUGUGGGCUGAGCCCCUCAUUCCCUACAAACAGUCCUUGGACGAAGGUGCUGUGGCCCUGAACCCACUCUCUUCUGUCACCACCACCUCCAUCCCCAGGAGCAUGGAGUAUCAUAGCCCCACCAAAGGCAGCGGCGGCAGCUCCGCCGCCCCCUUUCCGCAGACUCCCAAGGGAAACCAGCUCACUUUCCUGAAUGACAAUUAGAGAUCUAUUUUUUCACCCUGCAGUAAAUAAAGAGAGGCUUUUGCUUUCUCAACCAGAACCUGAGUGGCUUAAUUCAAAUCAUAAGGCAAGAGGGAAGGAGACUUGAGACACAGAGAAACAAUGUUGAGAUGAAAGUCAACAACCACAGGUGUCAAACUCAUUGGAUGCAAAGGGACAAAUUCCACAUAUAGUUAAGGCCCUAAAUAUAGGGCUCCAUUCCCCCGCCACCCUGCUGAUGCCAACUGCAAGUUCAUGAAGAUCGAGGGUAGAAUGUGUCUAAAUUAGUUACCGUUCUUUGUCACAUUUGGUGACAAUAAAGUGAGAAAGAUACACCCAACUCCUUAGAGGUCAGUGGUAUUUCUGCACUCUUCCUUCUCCCAUCCUCCUUUCUCUCCCUCCUCCUUAUCUUUGUGGCUCUGCUGUUCUUCCUGCUGCAUUUCCUUCCCUGCACCAGCUGCUUCUGCUAAAAGGACCAGCAGCAACACAGUUACAUUGACAACGAUGCAGCAUUUGAAUCAACACGUCAACAAGAUGCAGGAGCAAGGACUUCAUGCAUUUCCAAGCUGUUGUUUCAGGCUGCUUGCAGACUCAAGCACGCAGUGCUGCUUUGGUUCAAUGUCAGUUCCCAGGGGAAGGUUUUCUUCACAACCAGGAGGGCUUGAACCUUACUUUUAAAAAAAAUGGGUAAAGCAGAGAUUCUGCAUCAUCUGAAUGUGGCACAUGGGCUGUAAGUUUAUUUGAAACCCCUGGAACAGGACUUACUUUGAGCUGAGCAGAAAUAAGUGAUUCCCAAAGAACUCAGAAUUACCGCUGGGCAGAAAAUGGUUUCUAUUGCCACAGACAAUUUCCACUUUUUGGCAGGAAAAAAUAAAUCAAAACCUGAAAUCUUUCAGUUCAAAUAUGCUGCUGCGGUGUCUCAUUGAAUCUGUAGUUUAGUUGCCAUUCUGCUCCAUAAGACAGGCUCCCUGGUUGGAUUCCAUCUCCCAUGGUGCAUGACCGUCUCCCCUCUCACUGAAGGGAGCUGGUGCAUCAUGGGAAAUGAAACUCAGUUGGGAAGCCCAGGCCAUGGAGGAGACUGGAAAUAUUGAGGCACCCAAACUACAAUUCCCCUGAGGCACUGCAGCAGCAUAUCCAUAAGAACUGCCAUAGUGGGUCAGACCAAUGGUCCAUCUAGCCCAGUAUCUUGUCUCUGACAUUGGCCAGUACCAGAGCUUCAGGGUGAACGUACAGCACAGGACAAUUUUGGAGAGAUGCAGGCCUGUCUUCUCAUCCCACGUUCUGGAAGUCAGAGCUUUCAGGUUGCCUGAAACAUAAUGUUGCAUCCCUGAUGAUCUUGGCUAAAAGCCAGUGAUGGACCUAUCCUCCAUGAACUUAUAAAAUUCUUUUUUGAAACCAGUUAUACCUUUGGCCAUCACAACAUCCCAUGGUAAUGAGUUCCACAGGUUAACUGGGUGUUGUGUGAAAAAUCAAAUCAAAAUAUUUCGGGUUUGGGGCAUUUGUUUUUGGAUGAAACAAUUCAAAGUUACCUGGGGAAAAAACAGACCCUUUUUCAACAAAAAUUCCUUUAAUCAAAACCCCACUUUUCCAUGAAAAAAAAAAAUGUUCCAAUGAAAAACAUUCAAUGGCACACACAGCAACACCAUGUUUAGGACAGGAAGUGAUGGGGAGCCCUGUAUCCAAUCGAAACUGCCAGAGGAACAGAGGGGAGACAAAGAGGUGACCACACACAGGACAGGAAAACAAAGCAGGUUUCUCUUUUAUUUUUAUUUUUUUUUCCAAAAAAAGGCACUAAGUUGAUUUAAAAAAAAAAAAAAAAAGAUUUUUUCCUUUUGUUUAUUUAAAGCGAACAAGGAAUUAACCAUCAAUUAUGUACAAAACAAGGAGAUUUACAGAGUUUAGUGUGUUGCACCCUCUUUGCCAAUAAAAAAAAGGAAUAAACUGAGAGAUUCAAUUCCCACCUUGAAAUGAAAAAAAAAAAAAAAAAGGAUUUU